UGCAAUCCAAGUGGCUGAAUGUUGACAUGGCGUGAUGGAGAAGGAUGGCCAAGAAACUCAGGAAAAAACGUUUGCUGAAGAGCAAAAAGACCAAAGUGUCUGACAUCUCGCAUUUGCCAGGUGAUCCCCUAAAGCGGCAAGCAGCCGAAGCAAUCCUGCAAGCAAUUGAUGAAGAAGGUGUGCUGCUGGAGUGCUUACCCUCGUGGCAUCGGCGAUUCAAACCCAAGCUGGGACGUUUCAGGAAGUUUCUUCAAACUCACCCGGAGCUCUUCCACAUCACUGAUAUUCCUGGGGAUUGUUUUGUAGUUUGUCGUGCCAACAGAACUCCUCCCUCCUUUGCUCUGAAAGACCGUCGCCGCUGGCGUACAGCAUUGAAAAGAGCCUGGUUCAGGUACUGCAAAGAGGAGACUAUGCCAAACCUUGAAGAGUUCAAACGACACCUGCCAGUUGAGGCUCUGGAGCUUGGAGGUCAAACUGCAGUUCCAGAAGCUGUGGCGCAAGAGGUGGCCAAAAAACCCAGGAUCCGUCGGCCGUUGAGACGCCGAAAAGGAAAGAGUUAGGAGGAUGCCUUCACUGCGGUAGCAACGGAGAGCAAGGCCCAGGCUGGACCAGGUUGGAGUGGACCACAGAGCUUCGAACGGCAGAGCUUUGCUACGACGUGACGCGACGUGACUGCUUGGAAUUUGCCCGGCCAAGCAGCGUUGGCGCAGGGGCAGAGCCUAUCGCCCUUUGAAGUGUCACAUGGGAAAUUUGGCGCGCGCCUCCGGCUCCCCAAGUUCUCUGUCCCUCACCUCUGUGCAUACCAUCGUGAAUCCAAUGACGAUCUUGGGAGUCAUGGUAAGCA